AUGUCUAUUGCAAGACAGUCUCUGGAUGAAUUCCUGGCUCCCCUCGCUGUCGAUGUUUCCAAGGUUCAUAGCCUUGCGAAGAGUCUAUGUCACACCUUUACACAACUUGCUAGAGAAUCACAGAAUCAGUUUCUCUCAACUCCUAUUUCGGAUACAGUUUUGAGGCCGGAAAAUGAUGGGGAAGGCCGAUAUCUCGCUAUCGAUAUAGGAGGCACCAAUCUCAGAGUUGGCUUCAUAGAGCUUUUAGGCUCCAACAAUGAAGUGCAAGCAGAAGUGAAAGGAAACUCAAAUGGCAAUGGUGACUAUCAAUACGGGUCACGUGUCAAGAUAUAUCUGGAGAAAGCUUGGCCUAUUGGAGAGCAACUCAAGAACAACAAAGCAGAAGAUCUAUUCCAAUGGAUUGGAAAGUGUAUAGCAGACGUUGUGCAAGAUGGGACUCAGGAAUGGGGUCCAGAAAAGCGAGAAGCACUUCCACUCGGAGUUACCUUCUCGUUCCCCAUGAUACAACAUACUUUAUCAGAAGCUACACUCAUGUCGAUGGGUAAAGGCUUCGCUAUAACCUCAAAUCUGGAUUUAGGCAAGCUUCUCCUGGAAGGCUAUGAAUCGACGCGAGAUCCCUCUUUACCACCCAUCAAAAUCACUGCAAUAGUAAACGACUCAGUCGCAACCCUCGUCUCCUUUGCUUACCAGCUACGAAGCGACCCAAAGCGGAAAGCAGCUAUGGGUCUCAUUGUUGGAACGGGCUGUAACGCUACGAUUCCACUCGCAAUUAGCAAAUUACACCCAAGCAAGAGACCAGCACAAAUCAAAGUACCUGACGACAGCGAGGACUGUCCGAAUCUGAAGAUCACUGUGAAUACCGAAUGGACGAUAAACGGUGCAGCGCCUCCUCUUCACGAGCUCAAGUUCGUUACCCCCUGGGAUACAACUCUUGAUGCAGAAGGCGAAGCUCCUGGUUUCCAACCCUUCGAGUAUAUGACCUCCGGCCGAUACCUUGGAGAAUUGGGUCGUCUCAUGGUCCUCGAUUAUUUUGUGAACCAACUCCAAGUACCCCUCACAUCCCUCCCGACGAAACUUCGUCAACGUCACGGGCUUACGACCACAUUCUUCGGAAAUCUUGGUCCUCACCUAAGUUACAGAGAACCAUCAAUUCUCAAACAAAUAGAAACCGAAUUGCCCCCUGCUAAUGGACCGGAUGCAUGGCACUGGACAUACGAAACUGCAGACAUGGUUUUCAAGAUUAGCAAAGCGAUCCAGAAACGCGCAGCGGGCAUGACAGCUGCGGCUGUCAUUGCAUUAUUAGGUUGCGCGGAUGAGAUACAGCUCUCAGCUCUGCCGUCACCGUCAACCUCCUUCGCUAAUGGACAAUCCUUUCAUACUCUUAUCGAGGAACCAGCCGUCGAAGAACUGAUGGUUGGAUAUACCGGUGGAUGCAUUAUGCAUUUCCAAGAUUAUUUACAGGAUUGCCAGCAGUUCCUUGACGAUAUCAUGAACGCGGAGUUCGGCGCUUCGAAAACAAAAGUCCCAAGGGUGUUAUUAACGCCUUGUCAUGAUGGUGGGAUUAUAGGGGCGGGGAUUCUGGCUGGGACCGUUAUGACAAUUGAUGCGAGAAGAGAUGAAGGAUACACGAAAUAA